AUGACUCUCUCUCUUCUAGCAGACAAAUGCAAGUCAAUGCACCAACUAAAGCAAAUCCACGCUCAAAUGAUCGUUUCUUCCCGCAUUGACGAUCACUUUGCCGCCAGUCGUUUACUUUGCUUUUGCGCUCUAUCUUCAUCCGGCGAUCUUCCCUACGCUAUAAAGCUUUUCAACAAAAUUGAAAACCCGAAUCAAUUCAUGUGGAACACUCUCAUUAGAGCUCAAGCUAGUAAUAAAAAUCCAGAUGAAGCAAUUUCCCUUUAUGUAAAUAUGAGGAGAAUUGGUUUUGCACCAUCUGAGCAUACUUUUCCUUUUGUUCUCAAGGCUUGUGCUAGCCUUCGUUCUUUAAAUUGUUGUAAACAGGUUCAUACCCAUGUUUUAAAAUCUGGGUUGGAUUUAGAUUUGCAUGUUGUUAACGGUUUAGUCAGGAGUUAUUCUGUUUCGAGUGAUUUAAAUAAUGCACGUCGACUGUUUGACAGAUUUACUAACAAGAAUUUGACCAUAUGGACCACGAUGAUACGUGGGUACGCGCAAAAUUUUUUUGCUAAUGAAGCGUUGCUGCUGUUUGAUCAAAUGAUUUCAGAAGGAUUUGAACCCAAUAGCGUGACUUUGGCUUCUGUUUUAUCUGCGUGCGCACAGUCUGAUUGUUUAGAAUUAGGAGAAAAGGUUCAUGUUUUUAUGAGAACGAGAGGGCUCGAAAUGGGAGUCAUUCUUGGCACUGCGUUGGUGCAUAUGUAUGCAAAAAGUGGAGCCAUUUCAAGGGCUAAAGAAUUGUUUGAUUCCAUGCCUAGAGAAAUAUUGCUAGUUGGAAUACUGAUUUGUGGGUGGGCUAGUUAUGGACAUGCCGAGGAAGCGUUCAUUCUCUUUCGAAAGCUAGAGAAGGAGCAAAUUGCCUGA